CUUUCCCUUUGUGCCUUAUUUCACUCGAGUGAACCAUGCUGGCUUAUUUAACGGUAUAGCAAUGAAGAUUUAAAGAAAUCCGCUAAACCACCGUACAGACGAUGUUUAGUUACAUUAUACAACAAGUUUAUCCAGCUUAUCGGCAACUAAAGAAUUUGGCUAAAAGGGAUGUAAUGGCAACGUCUCUGAUACUGAGAAAUUUAACGUCUUUUUAUGUGAUACGAAAAAAUAUUGAACUAAGCGACCAGUUUCCGAUAGCCAUUAUAGUAAUUCAUAACGCGCUAAAGAAGGGAAUUAAACAAUGACCAUGAAGUUGAAUUAGUAUCAUCACGUUGUCAGGACAGGAAUCAUUACUCUAUACGAUCAAACUACGAUGAACACUCCUGUUGAAGAAAUUAGUCAUGACAUAUAUUUGUGUAAAUUGAAAACGAGCGUAAAGUACAAGCAACAAAAACUUAAAGAAAUAAUACCUGCUAUUUGUGCUCUGCUCAAUACUAAUGGUGGAAAAGUUGUGUUGUAUAACGAAUGCAAGUGUGGAUUGAGCAAAAAUUCUUCAUUUGUGCAUUUGCCAACUACAGGGGAGGACACAUCUACUAUGGCAUCACAGAUGAUGGAAUUGUUGAGGGAGAAGUUGUUCCAAAUGAAGAGGACAAACACGAUAUUACAAAGAAAGUUGAGAAAGCGAUUAACAAGUUGAUCUGGCCACAAAAGAUUGGUCAGCCAAAACGAGGUAAACAUUGGGAUAUAUUUUUCGAACCAGUGAUAGAUGAAGCCACAACUAGUGAUGCUAUUCCAUCGACCUUCGUCAUCGUUGUUUACAUCGCUUCAUGUCCGGGUGGCGUGUUCACGGAGAAACCAGAAUGUUAUGAAAUGGUAGAGGGAAGAAUAGAAAUGAUGUCGUUUAUUGCUUGGGAGAAAAGAAUUUCGAAACCAGGUGGGUUGCGUUGUUUGAAAGUCCCCCAUAUCACAUGGAGCUCAGUUGAGGCUCGCAAAGACUUCACCGAGCCUCGUCAGGCACUACUGCCAAGUAUUAACGACGGACAUUGGGGAGCAGUUUUAGGAAAAAGUAAAAAUCUUCAGGAAAAGUCCGGGUUAUACAAUAAAAGAAUUUCAAUUUUAUCAAAGGAAAUUAUUGCAUGUAUCCGUAGAGGACGUCUGUCUAAAGCAGAAAACCUGCUGGAAAAGUACAAAGAAACUUUAUCUAAAAGAAAUGAAGACUCGUUUAUAUUCGAAGUGAUCCGAUUGUAUUUAGAAGCAGCACUAAAACGUGCUCGUGGAGAUAAGACCGACGGGCUCAGAGAAAUAUUAGAUGAUGCUUUGUCAAAGACUGAACUUAUUGAACCAGGCGUAGUAACAGCCACUGUAUACGUUUUUGCCGCUGGAACAGCUCUAAAUGACCCGAAGAAUUUGGACUAUUCACCAGAUGUUCUUUCUGCAAGAGCCUUGGAACAUUUACAGCAUGUGUCGGAUUCUCCUGAAAUGGUCAGUAAUCUAAGGAAGAAGGCAUGUUUCAUUCUGGCGGCAUUUCAUCUUGGGUGUAGUAUUAAUGGACAGCGCAUUGAAAAGAAAGUUGACCGUUCAGGUUUAGAUAAAACGAGGAGCAUUCUCAUGAGUGUGCAUGAAACCGUUCUUGAAGGAAACCCACUCAGCAAAUAUCAUGAAAUUCAAUUUAAUUUGGUCCAGUCGAUUUAUCAUUAUCGACAUUCACAAGUCAAUACAGAAGAAAGAACUCGCCUUUUGACGAUUGCUUUUAACUGCGCCAAAGAAGCCGAAUGUCUUGCAAAAGAAAACAAGUUUCCAGAGAUGGUUGAAUGGAGUAGGGCCAACAAAGCAUUGUUUACAGAAGAACUAGUGCGUACGAAACUCUUGUCUGUUCCAAACAGCUUUGAAGAAAAGAACGAUUAAACUCAUUUGGACCAGAUUAUAUGCAGUGGCAUGGUUUUAAAGAUUGUGAUAGAUUGCUCAAAAGAAAACUUAGUCUCAC